AAAGUAUUCAACUUCUUUUUCACUGCACAGCUAAAUGACUGAAUGGAAGAACGAUAAAACGCACAAACCGCAGCAGUAUAGCACAAGCCUUCCUUACUCCUUAUCUAACUUUUCUCUGUCCAAAUCCCAAAGCUCUCUCUUCUUCAACAUCUCUGUCUCAAGACUGAAGCAACAAAUUUGUACCCUUUCCUCAGUCCUCACUCUCCUCAGCAUUUUAACCACUGUUCUUGCUUCAAAAAGCAUUUUCUAGUCAAGCUUCUCAUUUAGUUCCCCAUCUUUUUGAACUGCCAUAACUGUCUUCUUGCAUAUGUUCUCUCAGUCUUUUGAUCACCACAUUAUGUUUGUGAUUGUUACCCUUUUUUCCUAGUUCUGAAAUUUGGAGUUCUUAAAGGUGUAGAAAAAAGAUGGGAGGAGGAGGAGCAGAAGAGGGAAUGGGAUGGUCACCAAAUGGUGCACCACUUUACAUACAAAAAGAUGAUCACUGGAGGCACUUUGAUAACUCAGUCAAUGCUGUGUCUUUUGGGUUUGUGGCCACUGCAAUUCUCAUCUCAAUGUUUCUAGUAAUGGCGAUCUUUGAGAGGUUCCUCAGACCAACAUCAUCAGCUUUGACACCGUCUGCUGGGCGCAGACAUCCUCAUGACAUCGAGUCCCAUAUUGGGUUUGCAGGAAAACUUUGUCAUCCAUCACCCAAAAUGCCUACAAGUGCCAGAGAGGUGUCUGUUCUAAUGCCUGGAGAAGACAUGCCUACCUUUAUAGCGCACCCAGCUCCUGUGCCUUGUCCUCCUGAGCGAAUUCGAUGGCCUUCUCAUCAACAUCAUUCCUUUCCAAAGAGCGCCAUGGACCCAAAUUCAAGUACAUCCUCAGGCUCAAUGUGACAGCAACAAACUUCCAACAAAAAAAAAAGAAGAAAGGCUUCAAAGUUUCCAUCUUUACUUUCACUUUGCAAGCAACUGGUGCAGCAGUCACGUGCACGAGUAAAAACUGUUGGUGAAUAUAAAUCGUGCCUUUUUCCCUACAGGCUCUUCAAAUGUUGUAUAUAUCAUUUAGGCACGAGCAUCUGAAAUUUCCUUAUAAGAAUGUGAGGGGGGGGGGGGGAGCAUGCAUAUAAUUCCAUCUGUUGUCGAUAUGCUGCAUCAUCUUCAGAGUCCAUUCAAAGCCUCCAGGUAGCGAGAACCAUCGCUACUAUCCAUUGCAAUAAGGAAGGUUAAUUUCUUCACCUUGAGUUCACUUGGAGAGUGUUCUUUCUUGGGAUGUCAUCAAUUUUCUCAAGCAUGGACUUUGGGGAUUGUUCUUCUACUUGCUAUAGAAACUGGCUGGCUGAAAGUCAUCAAAAAAGUGUACAAGACUGCCGUUAUUUAGCUAUUUAAGGUUGCAGCUUAUGAUGAGAAUAUUUACUUCUUUGGAAUCUGAUUUGGCGCGAGUAUUGUACGCCACCCCCUCGGCUCCUUGCCCUAGUUUAGACCAUGCUUUGAAUCUAGUCCAGCUAUCUCCAUCCUCCUCUCUCAAGUCAAAUGUGUAUCCCCCUUUUCUCAAAUGCCCUGCUAGCUGCUCAAUGUGUAACGUAGUUUGAAAAAAGGAUGGUUUUUUUUUUUUUGGGUAAUAAGGAUGGUUACUCGUGAUAAA